AUGACGAAGCAGCAGAGAGCUGAGGCAGCCGACCAGCAUGCCGUGACCCUCGCCCUCUCGCUCUGCCUCGGCGCUGUCGCUGACCGCAGCAAGAAGAUGCGCCGCGCCGGCGGGGAUGAGUUCGUGUGCAAGACGUGCGGCCGCUCGUCCCCGUCGUUCCAGGCGCUCGGCGGCCACCGGACCAGCCACCUGCGCGGCCGCCACGGGCUCGCGCUCGCCCUCACCACCGGCGAUCAGUACUGCUCCGUCAAGCCCAAGAGUGCUACUGCUACAGAUCAGAAGCAGGCGCACCGGUGCCACAUCUGCGGCCAUGGGUUUGAGACGGGGCAGGCGCUCGGCGGCCACAUGCGCCGGCACCGCGAGGAGGUGGCGCAGGCGCUGCCCGUUCUGCUCGAGCUCUUUAUCUAG